AUGCAACUUCCGUCAAAAAUUGCACUGAUUUUUGUAUAUCUUACUGUAGCUACCCUUUCUUCAGCAUACCCAAUUUUGACCGGAUUAAAAGAAAUAGAAAAUCUUGUCGUGCCGUAUGCCACCGAAUUUUAUUCAGCUGAACCGAUUACCGUUCGUCCCACUUUCGAUACUACCACCGGGAAAACAACGACAACGACAAAGGCCAGUGAUGGCAGCUCGAAGAAUCCGACGUGGUAUUACUUUGCUGGUGCCGGUGCAGGUAUGGGUAUCUUGGGAGUGUUCGUCUUCGUGUGCCGGCAGAUCAAGAUGCGGUACUUCCCGAAGCAGAUCUAUAAAAAGAUGUACAAAGACCUACUCACCGUCAAGAAAAAUCUUCCUGAAAAUGUGCAGCAAUGCCUGGAGGAUGCGGCGAUGAAGGAUUUUCAAAGCUCCGUCUGCAUCAAGGAUCGGGAAUACGCGCAAAGUUUGAAGCCCAUCCGAGUUGGGGCUCAGAAGAAUGAUUAUCGACCUUAUACCCUGGAUCCUAGUGCUACCCGCCCCACCGAUCCCUGGGAAAUUUCCGCUCUCUACACCGACGAUGAGCACCACGUGGCGAUAAAAAUGGCUCACACGCAUGCAAGUGAUAAGGACAAAAUGGACCUCCUACAAGAAAUCGAAUUUAUGAAAACUCUUGACGUCCACCCACACGUCUUAGGAAUGUUGGGAUGUUCCAAGGACUUCAAGCAGCCGCUAAUUGUCAUGGAAUUGUGCGAUCGAGGGGAUUUGCUCUCGGUGUUGCGUAAUUCAAGAGAUCCGGAGUAUAAAGAAAAACUCACCAACGACGACCUCGUACCUCUCGCGUGGCAAAUCAGCGAUGCAUUGGCCUACCUCUCAUCCCGAAACAUGAUCCAUAGAGACGUGGCGGCGAGAAAUGUGCUGUUAACGAAGGAGAAGAUGGCCAAAUUGAGUGACUUCGGGCUGUGCCGCCUAUCUAGUGAAAUGUUCUAUACAACUCGGGGCGGAAAGUUGCCGAUCAAAUGGAUGGCGCCAGAGUCGCUCGAAACUGCCGUAUUUAGCGAGAAGACUGACGUUUGGUCUUUCGGCGUCUUUCUCUUCGAACUGUUCACCUACGGCACCUCGCCCUACAUGGCCAUCGAUCCGGAACGUAUGCUUGAACAUUUGAAAGAAGGCAACAGAUUGGAACUGCCAGAAGAAAGUCCGGAAAGAAUCGUCAAGCUCCUCGCCUCGUGCUCAGAAUUCGAUGCAGCGAAACGUCCAAACUUCCAGCAGAUCCGAAGCGAGCUCUACGACCUCGUAUCGGAAUCCACGGAACAAUACGGCUACCUUGAAUUCCGCAAAAACUAUUAUGAUUUUGUCGUGGCGCCUAAACAUUGUUCGAGUAGUGAAAAUCUU